UCGCCCGGCCCACCGCGCGCGCCCCUGGUUGCCCCUGGAAACUUAACAGCCUGCAGUCGGGGUCCGCGGCGCCGGCUCGGCGGGAGGGAGAUGGACGACUGCUCCGACCACACUGGCGACCCCGAGAAGGAAGAUGGAGAUGUGGAGAGCCUGGCCUCACGGCUGUCCGGGAUCAAAACCAGCUCUGGCCCCCAGUCCCCGGCCGAACCCGCGGAGCCGGAGCCGGAGGCCGUAGAGGCUUCAGAGGAAGGCGCCGAGCCGGCCGAGUCCCAGGAACGGCCGGCGGCCACCGAGGUUGCUGGCGAGAAGGCGCCCGGAGAGCCGGAGUGGCCGGCCGAGGCCGAGGCGGAGGCCGAGCCAGGGGACCUGGCGGAGGCCGGGCGUGAGGAGCCAGCCAAGCCGGAGCCCGAAGGCGACCCCGAGGAACCAGAGAAGGAGGAGUGGGAGGAGGAGGAGUGGGAGGAGGAGUGGGAGGAGGAGGAGGACGAGGACGAGGACGAGGAGGAGGCGGACGAGGACGAGGAGGAGGCGGAGGUGGCGGCGGAGCCGAGGAGGAAGGAAAUCCCGUCGCAGGUCUCUCUGCAGCAGGUCACGGCCGGCAAGGAAGAGGCUGCGCCAGACCGAGAGGCUGAGCGGGAAGGACAGCUGGCGGAGGAAGGAGAAGAGAGCGAGGAGAGCGAGAAGCAGCUUGUGCAAGGAGGCCUGGGGAAGACCGAGGACGAGCUGGGGGAUUUGGACGAGGGGCUAGAGCUUGGGAGUUGCGAUUGGACUGAGGAGGUGCAGACGCAGCAGGAGCAGCAGCUGCGCGCCGAGCUCCUGGAACAGUACCGCUCCCUGAUGGUGGCGCGAGGCCGCUACCAGCGCUACAACAUCUACCUGCAGCACAAGAUCCUCGAGGCGCUGCGCAAGAAGAAGGGCCUGGAUGCAGCCGAGGUGCCCGAGAAGGGCGCGGAGCCUGAGGCCCCCGAGAAAGAGCAAGCAUACCUACGCCAUCUGGCCAUGCUGGAGGAUCUGAGGAAGCAGGAGUCAGAUGACCUGCGCUGGUACCACCGCGAGCUGGACCAGCUGAAGCAGCAGUGCAAAGAGAAGCUCUCCCGGGCGGAGAAGGAAUGGCGACGCUUGCAGGCACUCAAGAAGCAGGUGGUGAUGCAGGCCAUGGGCAGCUGUCGGACGAGGGGUGGUCGCCAGGCCGCUCUGCGAGAGGUGGAGCAGAUCCAGGCGUUGGAGGAUAAGAAGGAGAAGGAGAUAAGCGCCGUGAGGCUAGAGAACGUGCAGCUGAAGCAGAGUUUGGUGCAUUUUGAGAACAGGAUGAGGGCCCAGGAGGACCUGACAGAGGGCCUGCUCCUGAUAGAUUUUGAACAGCUUAAGAUUGAGAACCAGACCUUCAAUGAGAAAGUCGAGGAGCGAAAUGAGGAGCUUUUGAAACUGCGCAGCAAGGUAACCAACAAUGUGCAAAUAAUAACCCAUGUGAAGGAAAAGUUACACUUUGUGGUCAUAGAAAAUGCGUGUAAAAAGUCAGAGCUUAUGGAGAUUGAGGCUCAGGUGGCCCUAAAGAGGGACAUCUUGACCAAGACUAAGCAAGCCCGAGACAGCCUGCGGAUUGACAACAUCAAGCUGAAUCAGAAGUGUGGGCUUCUGGGCAAGGAAGCACUCCUUCGGGACAUGGAAGAGAAGGUGGACAGGACUGAAGAGCUCAACCAGCGCUUGGAAGCCCUGAAGCACCAUCACGCUGGGCUUAUUCUGUCCUGCAGAGGCGUGAAGCAGAAGAUCAGGGAGGCCAAAGCCUUUCUGCCUUCUUGAUGGGAAGAGUCAGCAGAACGUCUUCAAUCUCAGCAAACUUCAUCCUUCGUUAACUCUUAUUCUCCAUUUCUUGCCAUUCUUAC